ACGAACAAAGAGUGUGGAGUUUAUGCCUUUCUCCCUAUCAUUGUUUCUUACACUCAGCGCCAUUACGUGGCUCUUCUACGGUCUUGCUAUCAAAGACUUCUACGUCGCACUUCCAAAUAUAUUGGGUGCGUUUCUCGGAGCAGUUCAAAUGAUUCUUUACGUCAUAUUCAAGUACUACAAAACCCCAUCAGUGGUUGUUGAUGAGACAGAGAAGCCCAAAACGGUGUCGGCGGAUCAUUCCAUCAACAUGGUCAAGCUUUCAUCCACUCCAGCUUCUGGUGAGCUGACGGUUCAGCCGCAGACUAAUCCUGACGUGAGCCCUCCUGUUCAAACUUAUGGUGGUGACUUAGAGGAUCAGAUGGACAAGAAAAUGUCAAACUAAAUCAAGAUUUUAGUUUUCUAUUACGAAUUAGUGGUUUUAAUUAUGUUGUACUGUUGUGUCUGGUUUCCCAAACUUGUCUUUUUUUUUCUCAUCAUUUUGUUUCGAAAAUAUCUCGGAAUUGUACUAUCCUUUGAAAAAUUUAUGUACGUCUAUUAGAAUUUUGUGAAA